AAAGCUUUUUACACUUUGCAAGUGGAUUCUGGGCUCCGCUGGAGAUGGCUUGCAGUAUUGAUCAUCGAGGAGGAAGUAACUAAAAGCGGCCGCCGGGCCUUGGUGGGGCACUCCCCUAGCCUUUGACCAGCCCAGGCCCCAGAGCCCUCCUGUCCUAUUUUUACUCUGGGCAAAUCGGGGGGCGGGGGUUGGGGCUGACUCCGGUGGUGAUUCAGGCUUCAGCUGCUCUAGGCAUCUCGUCACCUGGCAACUGAGCCCUGGGCACCCACAGCGGAUCCGAGAGGACAGAAGUCCUUGGUGCCUGGGCUGGCUGCGAACCCACGGUCAUCUGGUUCAGGCAUCCGCAGAGAGACAGCGCUGCCUGGUGUCUGACUGGUCCUCCGGGCCUCAGCUUGCACCCCGGCCACACGCCCCCUCUGCUCUCAGGGCCUGAGGCAGGAAAUCCCCCGGAAGAACCAGAGGUUGGAGUUUGGGGGCCUAGGCCUGGGUGGGAUCUCUGUCUCCACUUCCCAAGUACCCAGGCCUACCCAGCCUUAUAGUUCUGGGUUCCCCACGUGUAAACCUUCACCACGCCUGUGCCAUUUUACAGGCAGACAGACCAUGGCCGAGUUCUCCCAGAAACGGGGGAAGCAGCGUGAUGAGGUCCUGGGCAGCACCGUGGACUUCCUCCUGGCCAAUGCCCGCCUGGUGCUGGGCGUGGGCGGAGCCGCCGUGCUGGGAAUUGCUACCCUGGCUGUGAAGCGGCUCAUUGACAGGGCCACCAGCCCUCGAGAUGAGGAUGACGCCAAGGGGGACACUACACGUCUGGAGGAGAGCUGGAAGGAACUGAACCUGCUCACGGCCACACCGCGUCAACAGCCCCGGCCCCCACCUGCAGCCCUCAGCCAGCCCGUGUCACCCCCUGACCCCUCGCCGGCUGCCCCAGAGGGGCCCACAGACACGGGUCCUGAGAUGUCACUGCAGCUUAGCUCUCCGGCGCCGCUGUGCCUGACGUUCCAGGAGAAGCUGCUGGCGUUUGAGCAGACCCACGUGACCAUCCCCGCGGCCCACGUGGCCCUGGCCAAGCAGCUGGCCGGUGACAUUGGCCUUGAGCUGCAGGCCUAUCUGCGGAACAAGUUCCCGGAGCUGCCCUUUGGGGCACUGGUGCCCGGCGGGCCGCUCUACGACGGGCUGCAGGCGGGGGCGGCUGAGCGCGUGCAUAUCCUGGUCCCCCUGGUGCUGGAGGCGGGCCUGUGGAGCCUGGUGCCAGGGGCGGACACGGUGGCCAGGGACCCUCGCUGCUGGGCCGUGCGCAGGACUCAGCUGGAGUUCCGGCCCCGCGGGAGCAGCCCCUGGGACCGCUUCCUGGUGGGCGGCUACCUGUCUUCCCGCGUCCUGCUGGAGCUGCUCCGCAAAGCGCUGGCCUCCUGCGUCAACUGGCCUGCCAUCGGCAGCCUGCUCGGGUGCCUGAUCCGGCCCAGCGUGGCCGCUGAGGAGCUGCUGCUUGAGGUGCAGCACGAGCGCCUCGAGCUCACAGUCGCCGUGCUGCUGGUGGUCGCCGGCGCUGGUCCCGAAGAUCCCGUCCUCCUGGCGUGGCCCCUGGAGGGGUUGGCUGGGAACCUCUGGCUGCAGGACUUAUACCCCGCGGAGGCUGCCAGGCUGCGGGUCCUGGAUGAGCGCGACGCUGGGACGCGCCGGCGGCUGCUGCGGCUGCUGUGCGGGGUCUGCCGCCGCCACCCAUCCCUGUGGCGGCUGGACCGGCGCCACCUGACCCAGGUGGUUCUGCGCCUGGGGGAGCACGAGGCCGACUGGGCCGAGGCGGCCUUGGGGGCGCGCUUCCUGCAGGCCCUGGAGGCGCUCGUCGACAGCCUGGAGCGGGCCAGCCUGCCCUGCCAGCUCAACCCCGGCGUGAACCUCUUCGGGAGCCUGCGGGACGAGGAGAUUGACGCCCUGGGCUUCGCGCUGUUCUGCGGCCUGCAGGCCCCCGAGUGGCUGCUCUAGCCGGGUGGGGACGGGGCGGCCGGCGCUCGUUCGGCGGCGGGUGAGCUGGGCGCGCCUCCCAUCCGGGAAUCUGGAGAGCACCCUGUCUCUUGCUUUAGCCAAAAUAAAAAGAGGGGGCUGCCCUGUAAGCCCCCGGGUUAGCAUGUACGCGGGCAGCAGUCGCGGGAGGCCCCGGGCCCAGAGAGCUCGGCUGGGCCACCUCGGGGGCAGCCUGGAGCGCCGGCCACUCCCCCGGCCCCAUCUGGCCUUGGGGCGACCCUGGGACCGUGGGCUCGGUCCGUCGUCACCAGCAGUGAACGCACGGACGAUCCGGCUUCUGCUCUCCUAGGCGGGGGAUAAAGGCAGCUCCGUUUAUCUGUCAAGAGGGUGAGUUAGCGUUUUCCUCGGGUGCCAGCUCCAGGCAUCUCGAGGCUUCUGGUGCUGGGUGGUAAACACUGUGUUUGUGUCGUCCCCCAGGGGCCAGAGUCACCUGGGACCCCCCUGCGCCCCGGAUUGCAGCUUUGGGGCUGAUCUGAAGGCUGUGUCUCCCAAGUCAUGUCACCUGCGUGUCCAGCCAGCUUGUUGAGCUCUCCCCUCUAGCCUGGAGCAGAGCUCCGUCGGACGUGCUGCCCACCUCGUACCUCAGGGGAAGGCCCCAUUCUCUCCAACAGGGCAGAUUUUCUGUUUGGGAGGCAGAGAGACCCCUGGAGAACCUAAGGCUCCCAGUGCCCCCCGCUUUGCCUGGAGCCAAGGAUGUGCCACCGGCUACUGCUGGGCCCGGCCUCCACCGAGCCACCACGAGCGCUCCCCGCCGACACUGAGGCCCACUCGGGGAUGGGAUUCCGCCUCCCCUCCCGGGCAUCCCUCCCAUCUUUGGUGUUCUUCGUGCUGAAGCAAAGCUGUGCCACUAGGAAUGUGAAUAAAAGGAAAAACGAGGGUGUGUGAUUUGUGCUGGGCUCUUAUGCAUGGCUCUUUGGAGUUCUGGAAGCUUGGCCACAGGUCUUGUGGGAUCGACCAGGAAGAGUUAGGGCUUAAUUGGAAAAAUAGAUCGUGUGGAGAGAUAAUAUUACCAGUUUCCGGGUGUGAUGCUUCACUUUAGUGAUGGAAACCAGCUAGUCAGGGACUUUUUUCCCUGAAAAAUCUAAGCUCUCACGGCCCAGCUGGCUCUCUGGUGGGCAUGGCUGCCCCAAGCCCAUCAGCCGGCACGUCAGUACCCAGAGAAAUGUCAUGUUUGUAUCUCCUGGCCUCUUGUUGUGGCUCAAGUGGUGGACGGCCCUCCCCAGACAGGGAAGCAGGAGCAUCUCAGCGUCUCCACGGGAGCCAUGGCUGGGGCUCAUAUCCUUUGUCACCACAGAUGACAAGUGGGCCCUGGGGACGGCUUUGGGCCACGAGUGCUCAGCGGUCACCACAGUUGCUUUUCCCAUCCUGCUUCUCUCCUUCCCAUCCCGUCGUGUUUCCUGAGGUAACCUGUGCCCUGAGCUGUGACCACAGGACCACGAGCAGCACCAAUGUCCUCCCUCGUCUGAGGGCCAGCACGCAGGACACAUGAGAAGCACAUGUGUACUUCUGGAUGCAGGACCAGGAGCUGCCCCUGGAGGUCAUGAGGGCUCUGCCCCAGGGGCAUUCAGAUGCCUGGACGGCUCCACACACAGGCUGUGGGGAGGGUCAAAGGGCAGGAGACUGGCUGAGCCGAGGUCCAUUCAGAUCACUUGGCCUGGGGACUGGCGCACAGAGAGCCUUGAGCAGCUGCCCUGGUGGCCGAGUGUUGGCACCGGCCUGGGCAGACAGAGGCGGGGCCUUGGUACUUUUGGCAGUAAAUUGGGGGAUUAUGGAAUACCAACUUCUCGGCGGUUGUACGAAGUAACUGCUGGUGUGCAGUGUUAGCCCAGGGCCUGGCACGAAGCAAACCACUCUAGAACCCAACUGUGGGCCCCAGCUAUCUCCCCCCGCUGACCAGCGUCACAAAGCUCUCUCUUCUACACCAACUGUAGAAUAAAUCUUAUCAUAUAGAAAAUGUUUCCUUUCUAUAAACCCACUCGCUGGGCCCGUCUCUGCAGCACUUACCUGUGGCAUAGUCCCAAGUGGGGGUACUGCUCAUUCCCUAGGGCUGGCCUGUCCAGUUCUUCCAAUCUUUGCUAUUACAGCAAUCCCCCCUGAUCUGUGGUUUCGGUUCUGCGUGGUCACUGUAGACCAGAAGCAUGUGAUCCUCCCAAUGUAUCGUGUCCACAGCAGCCUCAUGGUGGGUCACAACGCCCACGUCAUUCACCUGACCUCAUCCCGCAGCCAUUGUACCGCCUCACAGCCCCACAAGAAGGGGGGGGGGGUACAGGACAAUACGGUGGUUUGAGAGGAAGAGACCACAUUCACGUUAGUUUUAUUACAAUAUAUUGUUAUAAUUCUAUUAUUAUUUAUUGUGAAUUUCUUACUGUACCUAAUUUCUAAACUUUCUCCUAUGUAUGUAGGUACAGCAAAAGACAGUAAAACAGUGUAUAUA